AUGGCGUCCGCGACCCGAGACCAAGUCCAGAGGGCAGCAAUGCUCGCAAGUGUCUCCGGACGUUCGUUUGAGGAUAUCAAAUUUUGGGCUUUCUCCCGGCGGUCCCACACCGGCGUCGUCGACGAGCCGCUCCCGUUGCUCGCCAACAGUGGGCUGCUGCACAAGGUUACGGACCACUUCAAGUUUGUUCUUUCUACGGGCUUUGCAGAGGGUGAUGUUGUGGAGAUGGAGGCCCCGUUCCCGUCGACGCGGUCCUCCAGGUCGGACAUGUACGACUAUGGCGCCGACAGUGAUCUCGAAGACGAAGACGAGUUCGAGGGAGAGCCUUCGGAUGUCAAGCUCGGCCCAUCGGUGAGCGGAAGAGGCAACGUCAAGGUAGGGUCUGCAGGCGCUAUGCUCAGUACUCAAAUGCUUAUAACAAAGCCGGGUCGCGUGGUCCAUGUGGAGGACGUUGCGUACCAUACCCUCAAGGCAUUCAUCUUCUGGGCCUACUACGAGGAGCUCAAUUUCGCUCCGCUCAAGUCACAGCAGAAGAUGUUGCCCACAGAACAGAACGCAUACAACGCGCCGUUCUGCUCCCCAAAAUCCAUGUAUCGUCUCGCUCAUAGAUACAAUGUGGAUGUUCUCAAGAAGAAAGCAUUGGAUGACAUCAAGUCGAAGCUGUCACCCCACAAUAUCCUCGAAGAAGUCUUCUCUCACUUCACAUCGCUAUACGACGACAUCAGGGACAUGGAGCUCGAGUAUUUGCAUGCAAACAUCAAGGACAGCGGCAUCCAAGCACGUCUUCCAGCGUGGAUCCGUUCGAUGCAGGGCAACGAGCUGCCGGAAAGCGCCUGUGACAUCCUGUCUUCGCUCGUCCUCAAGAUCAUCAAUGGGCCUCUUCCCCAGCCCAGUGACCCAAAACUCAAGAAGUGCCCGAACGGAUGCUCGGCUGCGAAUUACACAUGCAGAAACUGCGGUACUUACUUCUGA